CACACAUAUGUCGGCGUACGGCCCGCUCGCGAUGGUUGCGGACGUCCUCAGCGGCAUCUACGCGUGGGUCACUUCGCUCUGCUGCGCCGUCACCUGCUCGACCCAGUCGAUGCAGGUCAACGAGCGCAACCUCCGCGUCGUCAAGCUGCUGGCCGAGGGCGGCUUCUCGUUCGUGUACCUCGUCGAGGACGACGAGAAGAAGAAGUACGCGCUGAAGAAGGUGCUGGCGCAGCUGCCCGAGGCGUCGGAGCUCGCGCGCUGGGAGGUGCAGGUGCACCAGUCCUUCAAGCACGCCAACCUGAUGCCGUUGAUCGACCAUGCCGUCGUCUCGACGGCGAGCGGCGCGGAGGAGUUCCGGCUGCUGAUGCCGCUCUACCCGGACGGCACGCUGCUUGACCUGGCGGUGCGGCUCAUGGAGGGCGGCAAGCGGCUCGAGGAGGGGCGGGCGCUCCACCUCUUUGCGCAGGUCUGCGAGGGCGUGCUCGCGCUGCACUCGCACUCGCCGCCGUGGGCCCACCGAGACAUCAAGCCGGCCAACAUCCUGCUGUCGGAGGGGGACGUGCCCGUGCUGAUGGACUUUGGCUCGGUCGCGUCGGCGCGGCGCCACAUCAGCAAUCGCACCGAGGCGCUGCUGUUGCAGGAGGACGCUGCCCAGAACUGCUCGAUGCCGUAUCGCGCGCCGGAGCUCUUCGACACGCCGUCGCAGGGCGACAUCGACGAGCGGACGGACGUCUUCUCGCUCGGCGCCACGCUCUACGCGAUGGCCUUCUGCCGCUCGCCCUUCGAGUGCACCUUCCAGGACAAUGUGCAGCGCGUGGUCGAGUGCUCGCACUUGAGAGUGAUCGCACCGGCGCAGUUCCCGUCCUCACACCCGUACUCGGCGCCCUUUGUCGGCCUGAUCGAGGCGAUGCUCACUGUCGACGCCUCCAAGCGCCCGUUCGUGCCAGAGGUGCUGCGGCGCGUCCGCAGCAUGCAGCAAGCCGUCAUUGACUUUUGACGGAGGCGCACGGCAGAGGGGAAGGGGUAGGCUGCUGCGACAGCGGUGGCAGCGAGCGGAGGAAUGAGAGAGGAAUGUGGCGCGCGAUAAUAGAGCGGGGCAGGGCGGUGGGAGUGGGCGGGGCGGCAUCGAUGCCGGCUCCAAAGCUGUGUGCAAGAGUGGUAACUAUUUGUCGCGUGUUGGGCUCGGAUGGAGGGUGUUUGUAGGCAG